AUGUCGAGUGGAAACGCUUCCGUGGGGCAGAGCAGCGUGCAUCAUAGGACUGGGUCACAACCUCUUUUUUCCCAAGAGGAAGAGUUAGUUCCUGGUGCUCAACAUACUGGAACUAACCUACAGAAUAACCAAGAAGCAGCUAAUUGUAGCGACUUGCCAAUGGACUCACCAAUGGACCUUACAGCUUUGGUUAACAUGCUGGUAACCAAAGUAGAUAAUCUAUCACAGCAAGUUCAAGCUUGCAUUACUAGGAACGGCACUAGCCAACAACCGGUAUCUGAUGGGAAUGUCAGCGUGUGUGCAUCCGGUUCCUCGUCUAUGGGGCUGAUUCAACCAGCUCAGCGUGUACAGGGUGGAAGCACGCAUAAUAGCGGACAGGGAACUAUGAGUACAAAUGAAACUAACUCAAAUGGAGCAGCUCGUAUAUCGGAGAAUGUCAGGGUGAACAACACAGACUUGCGACUUCAUGGGGCUAAUGAUAGCACACCUAUUCCAUCGAUGGCUACCUUUUUAGCAAAGAAGGACUUUUUUUCGUCAAUGGACAAUACUAAUUCUAAUGUAGCCGCUAAUUCUGAUGUAAAUAACAUGGUGAGCUCAUCUAUGUUCAUUGAUAAACUUAAUUUAUUUGAUAAAAAGUUGUUUCAUUGCAGAAAACUUCAAUUAGAAGUUUCAUAUUUACAGGAAUGCAUUAAUUUAAAAAUAAUCCCAAAAGGGUUACGCCAGUGGCGUUACCCUGCAGGAUUAAUUAAUAAUUCUGUGUACCAUCAAGAACUCAUUGCUUUAUUUGAUAAACAGGGCAUUGAGUUCUUAAAUUCUUUGAUUAAUUUUUACAAUGUGGAACUUAACAUACUGCAAGGGGAUUUAACACAACUAGAAAUGUUUCUUCAGAGUCAUACUGAGUUUAUCAGAUAUAAAUAUGAUUAUGCAAGGAUUUUAUCUAGCAUUGAUGCAACUAUUAAUAAAUUGGUGGUUAACAAGAAAAGAAAAAUUGAUCGAGAUUUAAAAGAAUAUGGUAAUAAAAAAGCGUACCCCCCUCCCCCUUUGAAUCAAUCUAAUUUGCUCAAUACAAACAACAAUCAAGUUAUUGAUGGCACUCCCGAAGGGGAUGUACAAGACAAUAACAAUAAUUCUGAAGCGCCUCAAAUUAGAAGAAGUGAGCGCAUCAGAAAUCAAAGCCAUCAUGUUAAUAAUACUAAUACAAAUGGUGGCAAUCAUAACCAGGGCCAACAGGCUUAUAAUUCGAAUGCCAACAAUCAGGGUUUUCACAUGGAAAUCAGAGACAUCAUAAACAAAAACUGGAAUUUUAUCAUUGAAGACACAGAAUUAGUGAAAGCUAUUGGUACAAAACCUAAGUUUGUGUAUAAGAGAGGCAUGAAUUUGAAGAGUUUGUUGGACAAUUCUAGCCACAAACCAACAAAGACAAAUGUUGGUAUGUCAAAAUGUGGCAUGUGUCCCCAAUCCAGCUUGGAUAUGGAGAUGGACAACGUGAAAACAUCUAUUCAGGAAGAAGAAAAAGGUAUCAGCAACAAAGGAUUUGAUAACACGGAUGAGUGUGCCAUGGCUAUCAUUGCAGACAAUCAUAAUAUACAAGACUCCUCCCCAGCAGGAAGCCUCAGAAAGAGGAAUCAACCAAAGGAAUUAACAGAUGGGCUGAAUUCAGUAUUAAUUAAAACAGAUGAAACAUUUCCCAGUAAUGACACGCCUCACCAAGAAGAAUCUGCAUUUUGGAGCAAAGUCUCUGUUCCAUUUGUAGCAGCAAGCAAUUUUGUUCAUGGUCAUGCAAAAAUCCUGAAGUAUAUUCUUCUAGGCAUUGCUGUUGCUGGGUAUACAGCAUACUUCCUUGCUGCAUGUAUCCUAAAUUUCCAUCGGGCCCUUGCUCUCUUUGUCAUGACAGUUGUUGUUGUCUUCUUUACUUUCUAUGGACUCAUAAAAAAGUUCUUGGGAAAACAAAUCCUUCAGUGUGUUUCUCCUGUUGGAAGAUUCUUUAAACGACAGUGGAAAUGGAUGAGAUGGAUAUUUUGGAUAGCCAUCUUGUGUGGCUUGGUGGUUUGGUUAGUACUGGACACAUCUAAAAGGCCGGAACAGCUUAUUUCCUUUGCUGGGAUCUGUAUGUUCCUUAUCAUCCUCUUUAUAGGCUCCAAACAUCAUCGAAAUGUGUCCUGGCGUGCUGUUUUCUGGGGACUGGGGCUGCAGUUUAUCCUGGGCAUAUUUAUCAUCAGGACAGAUCCGGGCUUCCAGGCCUUUGACUGGCUGGGCAAGCAGAUUCAGAUAUUCCUGAACUACACCAAAGCAGGUUCUAGUUUUGUAUUUGGAGAAGCUCUGAUUAAUCAGGCCUUUGCAUUUCAGGCACUGCCCAUUGUGACAUUCUUCAGCUGUGUUAUGUCUGUUCUCUAUUAUGUUGGGGCCAUGCAAUGGUUGAUUACUAAGAUAGCAUGGUUGAUGCAGGUUACAAUGGGGACUACAGCAACAGAAACCCUAAGUGUUGCAGGAAACAUAUUCGUAGGACAGACAGAGGCACCGCUGCUGAUUCGACCUUAUCUACCAGACAUGACAAAAUCAGAAAUCCAUGCAGUUAUGACAGGAGGAUUUGCCACAAUUGCUGGAAGUGUACUGGGAGCAUACAUCUCCUUUGGGAUUGAAGCUUCGUCCCUUAUAGCUGCUUCUGUAAUGGCUGCACCUUGUGCGCUUGCAAUGUCUAAGCUGGUGUACCCUGAAGUAGAAGAAUCCAAGUUUAAAAAUGAAGCUUCAGUCAAAAUGGAGUCUGGUGGAGAACAGAAUGUCUUGGAAGCUGCAAGCAGUGGUGCCUCAGCCUCCAUUGGUCUUAUUGCUAACAUCGUUGUUAACCUGAUUGCAUUCAUAGCUCUGCUAGAGUUCAUCAAUGCUGCUCUUUCCUGGUUUGGAGGGAUGGUUAAUUAUCCAGCACUUUCCUUUCAGCUGAUCUGCUCGUAUAUUUUCAUGCCAAUUGCCUUCAUGAUGGGGGUGGAAUGGGAUGAUUCCUUCAUGGUGGCAGAGCUCAUAGGAAUCAAGCUGUUCCUCAAUGAGUUUGUGGCCUAUGAAAAGCUUUCAGAAUACAGGAACAUUCGACUAAAUGGCACAGAGGAAUGGCUCGAUGGCAAAAAGCAAUGGAUUUCAAUUAGAGCAGAAACACUUUCAACAUAUGCCCUCUGUGGUUUUGCUAACUUCAGUUCCAUCGGAAUUAUGCUUGGAGGAUUGUCUUCCAUGGCCCCUGAAAGAAGGAGUGACCUUGCCCAAAUUGUUGUACGAGCACUUCUAACUGGAACAUGUGUCUCCCUUGUCAAUGCCUGUGUAGCUGGAGUGCUCUAUUUUCCGAGGGGAGGAGUGGAAUGUGUGUCAUUUCUAAAUUCAACCUAUUUCAACGCUACAAAUUUUGACAUUUAUACCUGCUGCACAGGGCUAUUUGAAAACACCCAGAAAUAUGGCAAUGGAACCAUUUCAUUUACAGGUGAUUGGAAAAACAUUCCUCACAGCUUGAUAUCUCUGGAAAACUGCUGCAAACUGUAUCCAGGCAAUAAAUGCCCACAGUAUUAAAAGAUGUUUAACAUGUAUAUGUAUAUGUAUAUGUAUAUGUAUAUUUUGCUAAGUGUACUCUGAUGAUAAAUUAUUAUAGUCUAAAGUAUCAGGUCUUUAGCUGCUAUGUUUGUCCUUUGAACUGUAUAUUUGUUUAAAAAAUCUAUUAAAUGGAAAAAUAAUGUUGACAUUUUACAUAGAUUAAUCUCUUGAUUCUAACAAACAGUGCUGUCUGGGAGGUAUUAUUAUUGUAUAUACAUUAAAAUUGCAUUUCUUCUUUAUUUUUUUUAAGAUAAUAGUAUUAGCCCUUAGAAGUAAAUGUCUCAGGAUAUUUUGAGAUCUCAUAGUUCUGUGUGCUAGGAUGUUUUGUUAUAUCUCACAGUUCCUUUACACGUAAAUUAGACAGACAGAAACUAGGAAGCAGUAAACCAAUCUGUCUCAUAAAUGCAAAAUCAGAAAAUACUGAAGGGAUGUGGCUUGCCUUGUUAAACAUACUUUUAGUGCUGAAAGCAUUCUGGCUUGACCAAAGGUCAUUAUUCUGCCCAAAGUAUUUAAGUCAGAAAAUGACAAUGACAAUCUUAUUCCAAUGGCACAGAAGGAUAUAGCUCUAACAAUGUCAAGGUAAAUGUUCAGUUAGUGACUGAUGCACUUGAAGCCAAAGGCAACAGAGGAUGGGCAUGUCUAUCUAUGGUGGUGGUGGUGUGGGGAGUACAGCCUUCCACAUAUCACAUUAGUUCUCUCAGAGGAAGUAGGUUCACCAAGCCAUUAGUAAUGGUGGUACCCUUUGUGGUGGGUGUGGCGGAACAUGCACCCACAUUAGGAGGUAUUGUGAGCAUCUUUGAUAAUGUGGAUUGGUUUUCUCUCCACUCAUGUGGUGCGGCUAGGCUAGUACUAAUGCCUACAGAUGCCGGCGAUAGUACAGAGUCCCUGAUGUCAACCUGUAUUACUAGCCCUCAAGAUGGCUCUCACCCUAGCAAAUCAGGAAGUGAUUCCUCACUAUGAGGGAAUGAAUGAAUACUAUUCCAGUAAUAGGAGACUCCAUGGAUGGUAUGCAGAGAGGAAAAAUAAUGAUUAAAAACAUGGCACUGAAACAGACAGGUGGCAAAAUAAUGUUCCAGAUUCAUUAGUGCCUACAUUGUGUACAUGAUCUAUAUUCAAGUACAUCUCUACCACAUUUUUUUGUAUUUUCUAAUCACUUAGAAAUAUUACACAAAGUGUUUCUGUAGUCUACACUUUGUGGUAACCUUUAUGAAUCUCAUUCAAUAUUUAAAGCUGCAAGAAAAUCAGUAAGAAAACUAAAAUGAGGAGGAGGA